GAUAAAGGUUUCGUUGGUGAUGGAGUGUACUGUAUCGUUUAGUUUUAAAUGUCUUUUACUCUCUAAAUUAAACGUAACGUGAUGAAUUUGAACAUUUUUUCUUCGUCGCUGACUGACGUCAGAUGGACUACGGAUCUACGAAUGAGAUAAGUUAUUGAAUUUCACGCUGCUGUAUCGGGUAAUGGCUAAUGCCUCACAUUCACAACUGCUGUUGUGAAAUGUUCCCGGCUUUUGCUGACUGAAGUGAAGAACACGGAUUUUGCGAUUUUGAUUCGAUUCCCUUCAACCCUUGAUUCUCACAAUCCGGUAAACAUGAUGAUGCAUAGAGAUAAACUGCUAAAGAUGGUGAGUGUUAGAAAGCAGGCGGCUAGGGUGCGUGUAGGCCAGGUAAAGCACCUGUCCGGGGAAACCAACCAAAUCAAUCAAACUAGAGAUCCGACAACGAAUGCUAACCAAAACGACACCAGCCACAGCACUAAACCAGUGUCAUCCUUCUACCACCACAGUGCUGUGGACAUCGCAGCCUCAAAGCCAUCGAUGCGACUGACCCCAGCCACAAUGCUUUAUGCUGGCAAGAGCCCUGAUAGAAGCCACCUAUUGCGGAGCGCGCAGUACUUGCACAAGGAGCUGCCUGUGAGGAUCGCGCAUCGCAUCGCGGGCUUCCGCGGCCUGCCCUUCAUCGUCGGCUGCAACCCGACGAUCCUGCAGGUGCACGAGAUGUACAUACGCGCCUUCCAGCUGCUCAUUGAACACCCACGCAUCACAGACUUUCACAUGGAGAGGAACUACACCGAGCUGCUGAAGAAGCUGCUGGAUGAUCACAGAGAUGUGGUAACGAUGCUCGCUGAUGGCUUCAGGGAAUGCCGCAAACACAUACAGAACGAGCAGCUCGUGCGACAGUUCCUGGACCGCACGCUGACGUCGCGUCUCGGCCUGCGCAUGCUGGCUGAACAUCACCUCGCCCUGCACGAUGACAAGGCGAGCAGCACUGGCAGCCAUCAUGGAGGCAGGCGUUCAAAUUCCAACUACGUUGGUAUCAUCUGUGUCAACCUACAGUUGAAGAAGGUGAUUGAGAACUGGGCAGAUUUCGCCACCAAGGUCUGUGAACAUCGUUAUGGAAGGGCACCGGCUAUCAACCUGAAUGGACACUCGGGUGCGACCUUCCCCUACAUCGAGCAGCCCCUUCACUACAUCCUGCCGGAGAUACUGAAGAAUGCCAUGAGAGCAACCGUAGAAAAGAACGCUGACGCAAGCACGUUGCCCCCGGUUACUGUCACUAUUGCCAGCAAUGACGUUGACUUCAUCAUCAGGGUUUCUGAUAGAGGCGGUGGAAUUCCCCAUCAGUUUGUCGAGCGGAUAUUCGACUAUCACUUCACGACGGCCGGCGUGCAAGAGGAGAAUGAUGACAACUACGAUGUGUUUGGUGCCAUGGUGGAGAUGUCAAACCCCAGCCCUGGCUCCGGGCCCAUGCAUGGGUUCGGCUUUGGUCUGCCUACAUCGCGGGCCUACGCUGAGUACCUCGGAGGCUCCCUGAAGGUGGAGGCGAUGCAGGGUAUCGGCACGGACGUCUACCUGCGCCUGCGUCACAUCGAGGGCAAGCACGAGAGCUUCAGGAUCUGAGCAGACGACCGUCGCCGUGGUUACGAAUGCGGGCGCCGGCCGCCGCGCCUUUUCGCAGAGCCGGGAGUCGGGAAUCGCCCCGGUUGCGCGACGUAGAGCGGCGUUGCUGGGAGCGGGCCGACGACGCGUCUGUCGUUAUAUUAACGUGCGAGACGUGCGGUCAGUGGCGUGGUCACGUUGCUGCGGCCGGUCAAACCACCUAGGAAGUGGGAGAGUCGCGGGCACGACACGUCACGUGGUAGCGUGUCCUGGCUGUGGACGCUGCCAUUAUAUUGCCCUGCCUGUAAAUCCCACGGUGCUGCCGCGCGAUUAGGUGCUUCUCUCUCUCCGAAUAUGAUUUUUCUAUUUUUUUGUCGUUUUUUUUAGCGAUGCCGUCACGUACUUUUGCGUUUCUGUCGAUCUGAGAGCUGCUAAGAGGUUGUGGUUAUGGUUUUUUUUAGUCCGUUGUACUUUUAUCUCAAAACUUCUGAGUCACGCCAUGCGGUGGCCGCUAUAUUGUCAAGUGUCUAUAUGUAUGUUGGGUUGCUACCUUUAAUAAGACUUCUAGAACAGAUCUUAUAAGCGAAUCUCAUCAUUCUUCGUGGAAAUAUAAUAUAGUCGGACCGAGAUCGGUCGUUGUGAGGUGUAGGCUCAGAUAUGGCGACUUCACGGUAGCAGCGGCUAGGCCUACAUGGUAACUGCCGUGGCACUGAACAUAUGAUUGAUGCGUAUUUAAGGUGCGAACGAGCGUAGUUCUACGUGUUAGUUUAGUGUUAGUGUUAUGUAAUGUGUUUUUUUUUUUGCGUCUAUGCGGAUUAUAUAGCAGAUUGUAUAGUUUUGUAGUUAUAGACAUAGAGAUCUGGCUGCAUACGUGUAUGCAUAGCAGCGAGCGGCGGGGGGGGGGGGGGGGACAUUAUGCAACACUCGGCAUACUUCGGCUAAUUCCGUAGCUCCAUCAAGCUUCCGUCGUAUUACGCAGGUUGCGAUUACUGCCGGCUCUACUUGAGCUUGUCACAGCCAGGGCGAAGUAAUAGCGUGAGAAAUGACUACGCUAGGCAAAAACCGUUGAAAUUGUCAAUAGUAUUGUUCAGUUUUGUCUAACUUGCAGAGACCGUGUCAAAUGAUGGCGCUGCUAAAGCGUAAAUUAGUUUUAUAUCUGUAAUGCGAUCAAAUUCCAGCGGGUCAGAAAAUGAAUUGGCGUACGUAGGCGCAUCUCUCUCUCUCUCUCUCUCUCUCUCUCUCUCUCUCCUCUCCUGCUCUCUCCUCUC